ACACGAUGAGGACCACUCGCGCUAUGGAGCUCCCGGAGGACUUCUGGAUUCCCAUCAAUCUGGACACUGACAAUAUCACAGCCCUUAGCCCCUUCCUGGUCCCUCAGGACCACUUGGGGAGUUCAGGCACAUUCUAUGCCAUGGCGGGAUUCAUGUUAUUCAUAUUUGUGGUUGGCACGGGCAUCAACACGCUCACCAUCGCAUGCACCAUGAAAUACAAGAAGCUUCGGUCCCACCUCAACUACAUCCUGGUGAACUUGGCAGUGGCAAACCUUCUUGUGUCCUGUGUGGGCUCUUUCACCGCCUGCUGCUCGUUCGCUUCCAGGUACUUCAUCUUUGGACCAUUAGCAUGCAAGAUUGAGGGUUUCAUGGCAACACUUGGAGGGAUGGUCAGCCUGUGGUCUCUGGCUGUGGUAGCUUUUGAAAGAUGGCUGGUCAUCUGUAAGCCCCUUGGCAACUUCGCCUUCAAGCCGGACCACGCUUUAGCAUGCUGUCUGUUCACCUGGGUGUUUGCAAUGUUUGCCGCAGUACCGCCGUUGGUUGGGUGGAGCAGGUACAUCCCCGAGGGCCUGCAGUGCUCCUGCGGGCCGGACUGGUACACCACAAACAACAAAUAUAACAACGAGUCCUACGUGAUGUUUCUCUUCUGCUUCUGCUUUGCCGUUCCCUUUGCCACAAUCAUAUUCUGCUACUCCCAGCUGCUCAUCACCUUGAAAAUGGCAGCAAAGGCUCAAGCUGAGUCUGCCUCCACCCAGAAGGCCGAGCGGGAGGUGACCAGGAUGGUGGUGGUCAUGGUGCUGGGCUUCAUAGUGUGCUGGAUGCCCUACGCCUCCUUCGCUCUCUGGGUCGUCAACAACCGCGGGCAAACGUUUGACCUGAGGCUGGCCACCAUACCCUCCUGUCUGUCCAAAGCCUCCGCCGUCUACAAUCCAGUUAUCUAUGUCGUCUUCAAUAAGCAGUUUCGUUCAUGCAUGUUAGCGAUGCUGGGGAUGGGCGGCCUUGAGGAGGAAAGUUCAACACAAUCAGUGACAGAAGUGUCCAAAGUUGGACCAGCUUAGACCUGAGACACCAACGCUCGCUUUCCCCU